GGCAUCUCAUCGUUCUUCCAGCUCUCGAGGGGACCUUUCAACAAUAAUAACACUAUUAGACACUUAAUCCAUAUCUAAAUUAUCAAGUCGGAAAUAUGGACCAUCCCAAAGCGAAUGCCGAGAAAGUGUUCAUCUCUUCAGCGCUUGAUCCACUCGCAGUCGGAGAAAUUAACGAGGGGCUACAGCCUCACGAAGAAAUAUCCAAGAUGCUAUCCAUCUUGACCGAUGCUGGGAUACAAUGUUGCUUCGUUCAAGAACAAGCACUGAUCUAUUAUGGAACUACGCGUGUACCACGCGACCUAGUAUUAUGCAUACCGGAUGAGCAAUUUCAACGUGCGGUUGAAUUAUUCAGCUCUAACAGCCAUAUCCUCCAGCCAUGUGGUCCAAGCCCGCUUAGGUCGCCAGAUUUGCUGAACCACAAGUACCCCAGGUUCAAGGCAAUUGGAUGGGCGUCUUUCUGGCUCCUAGUUCCGGGGAAUUACUGCCACCUCACAGUUAAGCCAGAGAAUAUCGAGUGGAGUCUAGGUGGCCUGCCGUACCCCAAGCUCUCAGUGUACGUGCAAAGUGCGAUUGAUUCCAAAAGCCUGUUAGAUCUAGAGGAGUUGAUAGAUGGAAUGGACCUCUCGGAGGAGUGGGGUCACAAAACACUCGACCUGGAAGGCCAUACUGAUACACAGUGGCUGGAAGAUCGCGCCCAGGCUUUCCGGGAUGAUGGGGUGGAUGAAAUGUUCAUCUUCGUUGACCCAACUCCUGUCUCGCGGAGAGAGAUCUGGCUGGAUGCGGUAUCGGAAAUAUGGAUCCAGGGACCCAAGGAGUGUCCGCAGGCCUGGUUUGUAGAUAUCCUCAACACGCAACUUGCCAAAUUUAAUGCUUAUCGAGAACCAAAUUCAGUAGCUAUUUAA